AUGAAGGGCUCUCUUGCGUUGCUCGCCCUCAUGGGUGCAGCUGCCGCCGCCCCAUACGGUGAGGAUCAGUACCCCGAAAACACGCCCUCGGCGUAUGUACCUGCUCCCCCAUCGUCCGAGUACUCCCCUCCCAAGCCCACCUCGGAGAAGGUGUACCCUCCUGUCAAGCCCAGCUCGUCGGAGGGCUACCCUGCUGUCCCCCCUCCUAAGCCCACCACUUCGGAGAAGGGCUACCCCCCAGUUCCGGCCAGCUCAUCUGUCUACACACCAGUACAGCCGAGCUCGUCUUCAGCCGUUCCCCCCAAGCCAACGUCGUCGACUACGUCGGAGAAGGGAUAUCCUCCCGUUCCUCAGUCUUCCAGCACCCCAUGCCCUGAGGAGAGCAGCAGCACCGGUUACCCCCCUGCUCCUCCCCAGGUGACCUCUUCGACUUCAUCGGAGAAGGGCUACCCCCCUGUGCCUCCCAAGGCUACUUCCUCCACCACCUCGGAGAAGGGCUACCCCCCUGUCCCGGCAAGCUCAUCUGUCUACACUCCCGUGAAGCCGAGCUCGUCUUCGGAGAAGGGCUAUCCUCCCGUCCCCCCCAAGGCGACCUCGUCGACUUCGUCGCAGGGCUACCCCCCAGUUCCUCAGUCCUCGAGCACCCCGUGCCCCGAGGAGAGCAGCAGCACCGGAUACCCGCCUGCUCCCCCCAAGCCCACCACUUCGGAGAAGGGAUAUCCUCCUGUUCCUCCUAAGCCUACUACGGAGUACCCCGUCCCUCCCAAGUCUUCGGGCACCGGCUACCCCCCUGCUCCUCCCAAGCCUACCACUUCGGAGAAGGGUUACCCUCCCGUUCCCCCCAAGCCCACGACUGAGUACCCCCACCCACCCAAGUCCUCCGGCUACCCUCCUGCGCCUCCCAAGCCAGUGACGAGCUACGGCAACUCGACCACUCCUUGCCCCGAGACUUCUACUCCUCCCCCCGUCAAGCCCACCACGGAGUACCCUCACCCCCCUAAGCCAUCGAGCUACGUCCCAGUGCCUCCUGCGCCUUCUUCGUACGUCCCGGUGCCCCCCAAGCCAUCCAGCUACGUCCCGGUUCCUCCAGCUCCCUCGUCGUACGUCCCGGUGCCCCCGGCUCCUUCGUCGUACGUCCCGGUCCCUCCUAAGCCUUCGAGCUACGUCCCGGUCCCCCCGGCUCCUUCAAGCUACGUUCCGGUUCCUCCCAAGCCCUCCAGCUACGUACCUGUCCCCCCUGCUCCUUCGAGCUACGUCCCGGUUCCCCCGGCGCCAUCCAGCUACGUGCCAGUCCCCCCUGCGCCAUCCAGCUAUGUGCCAGUUCCCCCUGCGCCCUCUAGCUACGCCCCGGUUCCCCCGGCGCCAUCCAGCUACGUGCCAGUCCCCCCUGCGCCAUCCAGCUAUGUGCCAGUUCCCCCUGCGCCAUCCAGCUACGUGCCAGUUCCCCCUGCGCCGUCUAGCUACGCCCCGGUGCCCCCGGCUCCUUCGAGCUAUGCACCAGUUCCCCCGGCUCCCUCUGCCUCCAAGCCCCAGCCUCCUCCCGUUGGCACUGGCUACACCCCCAAGCCUCCUGCUGGCACAAGCUCCGCUCCCCCACCCGAGUUCACUGGUGCGGCUAGCGCGACCAAGCCCGUUGUUGCCUUCUUGGCUGCAGCCCUUGCUUUCAUCGCCCUAGUUUAA